CAAUUCGUAAAAUCUUAUCGUCAUCUCCUUCCGCCUUCCAACUGAAAAUCUCUCUCUCUCUCUCUCUCCGUGUGUCUCUGUGCGAUGAGGUUACAGAAGAAGGUGGAAGAAGAAGAAGAAGAAGACGACGACUUGCUAUAAACUGGGUCGAGCUAAAACAACUACAACAACAAUAACAAUGGCCAUAUCCACCGCUAAAUUAACUGAAUUUCCACUUCGCACCACUACCUCACUCACCUCUCACUCCCUCUCCUCUCUCCACCUCCGCUUCCUUUUCUUCACUACCCGCAAACCCUCUUUCUCUCUCCUCAAACCCUUCUCUUCUCUCCGCACUCCCACCCAAAACCCCACACCCAACCAAAAUCACUACCCUUGGGACCAUCAUAACCAAAACCCUACCCAAGACCCUACUGUCCCACCCAAACCCAAAUCUUCUUCUUCCUCUUGGCUCAACAAAUGGCCCUCUCCGAACCCCGCUCUCCAGUCCAAUUCUAAGAAUUCGAAUCAGGCUGAGGAUGCAGCUCAGAGUCGGUAUUUUGAUGGGAAGAGUGGCGCUGGGACUAGUGCCAUUGAGAGAAUUGUUCUUCGAUUGAGAAAUUUAGGGUUGGGUUCCGACGAUGAGGAAGAGGAGGAAGAGGAGAAUUGGGCAAUGCGGUUGACUGGGGACGAGAAAUUGGGGGAUUUGUUGAGGAGAGAUUGGGUGAGACCUGAUAAGAUUUUGGUUGAGGGCGAGGAUGAGGAUGAGUCAGUGUUGCCUUGGGAGAGGGUGGUGGAGGAGAGGAUUGUGGUUGACGAACAAGUGAAGAAGAAGAGGGUGUUGAAAGCGCCCACUUUGGCGGAGUUGACGAUGGAGGAUGAGGAGUUGAGGAGGUUGAGGCGGCUCGGGAUGACAAUUAGGGAGAGGAUCAGUGUCCCCAAGGCGGGGGUCACUGGGGCGGUCCUCGAAAAGAUUCAUGAGCAGUGGAGGAAAUCAGAGUUGGUUAGGCUUAAAUUCCAUGAGUGCUUAGCUCAUGAUAUGAAGACCGCACAUGAGAUUGUUGAGCGUCGAACUGGAGGAUUGAUUAUAUGGAGGUCUGGCAGUGUUAUGGUGGUGUUCCGGGGAAGUAAUUAUGAAGGGCCAUCUCAGAGACCAAAACUAAUGGAUGGAGAAGGUGAUACUCUUUUCGUGCCAGAUGUUUCUUCUGCCGACAAUCAGAUAAAUAGUAUUGUGAAUAGUUCUCCAAUUCUGGAAAAGACGAAAAUGCCUAUUUCAGACCGUGUUGAGAAUUUGACGGAAGACGAAGCUGAAUACAAUGGCCUGCUAGAUGGUUUAGGUCCACGUUUUGAGGAUUGGUGGGGUACUGGAAUACUUCCUGUUGAUGGUGAUUUGCUUCCUCAAACAAUUCCUGGUUACAAAACACCUUUCAGGCUUCUUCCUACUGGAAUGCGGUCACGAGUAACCAAUGCAGAGUUGACUAACUUACGGAAACUUGCUAAAUCGCUUCCUUGUCAUUUUGCCCUUGGGAGAAAUAGAAAACAUCAGGGUUUGGCAGCUGCUAUAAUCAAGCUUUGGGAGAAAAGUCUAGUUGUGAAAAUUGCUGUGAAACGUGGAAUCCAGAAUACAAACAACAAAUUAAUGGCUGAGGAGCUUAAGAAUCUAACAGGAGGUGUCUUACUGCUUAGAAACAAAUAUUUCAUUGUCAUAUACCGUGGAAAAGAUUUUGUCCCAACAAAUGUAGCUGCUGUUUUAGAAGAAAGACAGGAAAUGACUAAACAGAUUCAAGAUGUUGAAGAAAAAGUGCGGAAUGUGACAGUAGAAGCAGCUUCAGUUGUUGAAGAUGGACAGGCACAAGCAGGUACUCUAGCUGAAUUUUAUGAGGCUCAGGCCCUAUGGGGAAGAGAAAUAUCUGCUGAAGAACAUGGUAAGAUGAUAGAAGAAGCUUCAAGAACUAAGAGUGCAAGGGUAGUCAAGCGAAUGGAACAUAAACUAGGCAUUGCCCAGGCCAAAUUUCACAGAGCGGAGAGAAUGUUAGCUAAGCUGGAAGCAUCAAUGCUUCCUGUUGGUCCUUCUGAUGACCAGGAAACAAUCACUGAGGAGGAACGGUCUAUGUUUCGCAGGGUUGGAUUAAGAAUGAAGGCAUACUUGCCUCUUGGCAUUCGUGGUGUUUUUGAUGGUGUUAUUGAAAACAUGCAUUUGCAUUGGAAACAUAGAGAACUUGUAAAGUUGAUAUCCAAACAAAAAAACCUUGCUUUUGUUGAGGAAACAGCGAGAUUAUUGGAACAUGAAAGCGGUGGAAUAUUAGUUGCAAUAGAAAGAGUCCCGAAAGGUCAUGCUCUUAUUUACUAUCGUGGCAAGAAUUAUCGGCGACCCAUUACCAUGAGGCCACGAAACCUUCUAACAAAGUCAAAAGCAUUGAAGCGUUCAGUGGCAAUGCAGCGACACGAGGCACUCACUCAGCACAUAGCUGAACUAGAGAAAACCAUAGAGCAAAUGAAAAUUGAAAUGGGUGAUUGUAAUGAUAUUGAGGACGAGAAUGUCUGGAAAGAGGAUCAUGUGUUGGAGUUCACACAAAGUGAAGUUGAAGCUUCCCAGAUUAGUUCUGAUAGUGAUGAAGAUGGCAGUGAUUGGGAAAAUGAAGAAUCUGAAUCACUUGCUGAGCUUGGAGAACCACAAUCAUCCUUCUAGCAGAAAAAUAUGACGAUUUUAUUCCUAUUUUUUUUUUUUUUAUAAAUUUAUUAAGGGAUAAGGGGUAGAUUUUCAUUCAGUGUAUAUGUUUGGAUACAUUUUGAAGUGAACUAAUCCAUUUAGAUUAUACAAUGUUACACAAAACAACUGAUUUGUUAUAAUGAAUAAGCUUCUAAAAUAAUCCUAAA